CGCCCCGCGCCAGGCCCCGCCCCGCGCCGCGGCGGCAAGAUGGAGGCGGAGGGCGGCCCGCUGGGCCCGGGGGAGCGCUGGGCGCCGGUAGGCGCCGUGUCGGCAGCGGCGACGGCGGAGGAAGAGGAGGACGACGACGAUGAGGAGGCGGCGGCGGCGGGCGGGUCGCCGCGGUCCGUGCCGCGGCUGCGGGCCGAGCGGCGCCGCCUGCACGGGGCGCUGCUGGCGCUGGCCUCGCACUUCGCGCAGGUGCAGUUCCGGCUGCGGCAGGUGGCGCGGGCCGGCCCGGCCGAGCAGCAGCGCCUGCUCCGCGACCUGGAGGACUUCGCCUUCCGCGGCUGCCCCGCGCCGCUGGCCCGCGGCCCGGGCGGCGCCCCGAGCGAGCGAGAGAAGCAGGAGCAGGUUGAGGUCCAGAAGGAGAAGCAGAGAGAGCUGAUCCUGCAGCUCAAGACACAGCUGGAUGACCUGGAGACAUUUGCUUACCAGGAGGGCAGCUAUGAUUCUCUGCCACAGUCUGUGGUUAUGGAAAGACAACGGAUGAUCAUAAAUGAGUUGAUAAAGAAGCUGGACAUGGACUUGAGUGAAGAUAUUGCAACGCUCUCUCCAGAGGAGCUGCGACAGCGUGUGGAUGCUGCCAUAGCGCAGAUUGUUAAUCCAGCCAGGGUGAAGGAGCAGCUGGUGGAACAGCUGAAGACACAGAUAAGGGACCUCGAAAUGUUCAUCAACUUCAUUCAGGAUGAAGUUGGAAGCUCUAGUAAGGCGGAAGAUGGACACUGUGAUUGUGCAGGCAGAAAAGAUGGCGGUGGCUCCUACAAACCAAAUACACGGCCCUCUGGAAAUAGAGUGAACGCAGAAGAUGCCAGAAAGAUGCGAGAAACGGGCCUGCACCUCAUGCGUCGCAUGCUUGCUGUGCUACAAAUAUUUGCUGUCAGUCAGUUUGGUUGUGCUACUGGUCAGAUUCCUCGCACCCUCUGGCAGAAUGACCAAGCCAGCAAGGACUAUUCCCCCUUAAUUAAGAAACUGGAGUUGUCAGUAGAGCGGGUGAGGCAGCUAGCUAUGAAACACCAGCAGGAAGACCACGUUAUCAGUUCCUCCGAUCUGCAGGACAUUCCCUUAGGAGGCAAAGAUGAGCUGACUCUGGCUGUGCGGAAGGAGUUGACAAUUGCUUUGCGGGACCUGAUGGCUCACGGGCUCUAUGCCUCCUCUCAAGGAAUGAGCCUGGUACUGGCACCCAUCGCGUGCUUGAUUCCUGCGUUCACCUCGUCCCCGCAGACCAUGCACCCCUGGGAACUCUUUGUGAAGUAUUACAACACUAAGAAUGGACAAGCUUUUGUGGAAUCCCCGGCUCGGAAGCUCUCCCAGUCCUUUGGCUUGCCUGUGACAGGAGGAGUUGCCAUUACCCCCAAACAGAGCCUGCUGACAGCGAUUCACACUGUCCUCACGGAGCAUGACCCCUUCAAGCGCAGUGCGGACUCUGAGCUGAAAGCUCUGGUGUGUAUGGCACUAAAUGAGCAGCGCCUGGUCUCCUGGGUAAAUCUGAUUUGCAAAUCUGGAGCUCUGGUACAGUCCCAUUACCAGCCAUGGAGCUACAUGGCAAACACAGGCUUUGAGAGUGCACUCAACAUUCUCAGUCGCCUGAGCAACUUGAAAUUCAACCUCCCAGUUGACCUGGCUGUCCGGCAGCUGAAAAACAUCAAAGAUGCUUUUUGAUGUAUUUUUUACUGUAGAUCAUCCAUUUUCCACAAGUAGGCAGCUGUUGGGCUCAAGAAGCCUGGCUUUUUUAAGACCAAGUCUGGCUCUUUGAUGUUUGCUUUUAGAGAAAUCUUACGGUGUGUUGAUGCUGGAAAUCUACAUUUUACAAGGCUGCCGCUGCAAAGCUGGUGGAGGUUGCACGCUGUACAGCACCUCACCCUGCCCUUCUUGUGCAGCUCUGAACAGCAAAACUGCUUCGCUGGUGAGCAGACGCCAGCAAGCGUUUGCUGUGCGAGGCUGGCUACCCUGCAUGGGGUGGAGGCCUGGCCCCAGAGCCUACAGGUGGGGGGCAGAGCCCCUCAGAACGUGCAGCCUCGCUCCUGUGCUGCCUCCGUGGGGUUAUUUCUCAGUGUCUGUGGUCUAAAUGAUGCCCGGACAGACGCCUCUCACGGCAGGAGCGGGACAGGCUGACAUGUUGCCUAGAGGCAAGUGACUUGCCCCCCGUAACUGUGUGAAUGUAUAAAACUGGGGCAGACCUGCUGAGCCGCUGGGGCUGCGCUGCUCAGGGGCUGGCAGCUCGGCAAUCCCCAGGAGCGCCCUGUUCUUCGGGCAGCCCCAGCCGCUUUGUCCAGCAACCCCAGAGCUCCUGGUGUGAAGCGUUUGCGCAGUGGUCGGCUCACGGGCGGGCUGGUGUUCUGUAGGGGAUGCAUUAAACUGCUUUAGCAAGA